UGCCGCGUGCAGACAUAUCAACGGCUGCAAAUCUCCCCCGGCGUCGUUAGUGCCCACAGGCGAACAUUACCCACUCGCCACGUCGGACGCCGCGGUGGGGCCCCACCCCCCGGAAGAGCCGUUUCCGGCCGCCACGUCAGCCUUCUCCUCCUUCCUCGAUCUCGCUUCCCCCUUCACGCUCCAAACGCACCACCACCACCACCACCACCCGCCGCCGCCGCAAAACCCCCCCAAGAAAAACCAGUCGAAGAAGCUUCUCGUCUCUGCUCUCUCUCUCUCUCUCUAUCGCCAUGAACGUAUUCAGGUUCGCCGGCGACAUGACCCACCUGACCAGCAUCCUGGUCCUCCUCCUCAAGAUCUACGCCACCAGGUCGUGCUCAGGGAUCUCCCUGAAGACGCAGGAGCUCUACGCGCUGGUGUUCCUGGCGCGGUACCUGGAUCUGUUCACGGACUUCAUCUCGGUGUACAACACCGUGAUGAAGCUGGUGUUCAUCGGGAGCUCCCUCGCGAUCGUGUGGUGCAUGCGGAUGCAUCCCGUCGUGCGCCGUAGCUAUAACAAGGACCUCGACACCUUCCGUCACUAUUUUCUGGCGCUGGCCGCGUUCGUGCUGGCGCUUCUCGUUCACGAGAAGUUCACUUUUCAGGAGAUCUUUUGGGCGUUUUCAAUAUAUUUGGAGGCUGUUGCAAUCCUUCCCCAGUUAGUUUUACUACAACGAAGCGGCAAUGUUGACAAUUUAACAGGGCAAUAUGUCUUCUUUCUUGGGGCUUAUCGAGUUUUCUACAUCCUCAACUGGAUAUAUCGCUAUUUCACCGAGCAGCAUUUCAGUCGAUGGAUAGCUUGCAUCUCGGGGCUUGUCCAGACUGCUCUUUAUGCAGAUUUCUUCUACUAUUACUUUAUCAGUUGGAAGAACAAUGCCAAGCUUCAGCUACCAGCUUAAGCCAAUAAUGAAGGGGGUUGAAUGGUUGGAACUCCUUGAGCAAAUCACUCGGCAUGUUGUCGUUGUCGUCAUCGCUGUGGAUCACAUGCUGAAUGACAAUGCAUGGGAAGAAAAAGGAAAUUGGCGUCGGCCCCAUACACUGAUGGCAUUCCCAUUUUGGGUGGAUGGAUAAAAAGAUUGUACUGGAGAAGAUAUCCAUCAAUUCGGAUGUCACCGGCCACGUCUGCACACACGAGAUGAAGGUUUGCAACUCGUUACACUUUCUUGUAAAGUUAUGGAUCUGGAGGCUUUUUCAUGUGCCCAUUGUUUUCAUUGAAAGCGUUGUAUCAGUAA